AUGACCAUGAGCACGAUGCGAGGCUUCGCCGCCGCGAUGGUGAGGCAAGCCUAUCCCGGACUCGGAGGCGUAGAGGCCGGGAAACACGCAACCAGAAAGGCGAUUCGCAACUGCGCCCUUUCUGGGAUCCGGGGCGCGCGCACAAUUUCGACCGCCACCGAACUCCUGAAGGACUCCAAAAUUAUCAGCCAAUUCUUGAACCAGGCUCCAUGCGAGGUUACCACGCUCAAAAAUGGGCUCCGCGUUGCUUCCGUAUGGAUGCCAGGGAACUCGUCCACAGUCGGCGUAUGGAUCGACAGCGGCAGCAGAUUCGAAACCCCGGAGACGAACGGCGCAGCCCACUUCCUCGAGCACAUGAUAUUCAAGGGCACCUCGAACAGGACGAGGUUACAGCUGGAGGAGGAGAUCGAGCAGAAGGGGGCGCACCUGAAUGCCUACACUGCCAGGGAGCAGACGGGUUACUACGCGAGAUGCUUCAACAAAGACGUGCCCUGGUGCACUGAGCUACUCAGCGACAUCCUGCAGAACAGCCGGAUCGAGCAAAAUCAAAUGGAGCUAGAAAAGCACGUCAUUCUCAGAGAAAUGGAGGAGGUCGAGAAGUCGACUGAGGAGGUUAUCUUCGACAGGCUCCACAUGACGGCGUUCCGCGACAGCCCGCUGGGAUUCACGAUACUGGGUCCCAUCGAAAACAUAAAGAACAUGAAGAGGGAGUAUCUGGUCGAUUACAUUCAGCGGAACUACACUGCCGAUCGCAUGGUUUUUUGCUACGUCGGAAGUGAGGAGCACGACAAGAUCGUACAGCUCGCCGAAAAGCACUUGUGCACCAUACCAUCCGGCCACGGCGAGAGGCACCUGGAAAAGCCGCAGUUCGUAGGGUCCGAGCUGCUCAACAGGAACGACAGCAUGGGCCCGCACGCGUACCUGGCUGUGGCGUUCGAGGGCGUCUCCUGGACCAACCCAGACUCCAUUUGCUUCAUGCUCAUGCAGAGCAUCAUCGGCAGCUACAAGAAAAGCCAGGAGGGCAUUGUCCCAGGAAAGGUGUCCGGAAACAAGACUGUGCACGCUGUCGCCAACCGAAUGACGGUCGGGUGUGCGGAGGCUUUCAGCGCAUUCAACACCUGCUACAAGGAUACCGGGCUUUUCGGCUUCUACGCACAGUGCGACGAGGUCGCCGUCGACCAUUGCGUCGGAGAACUCAUGUUCGGAAUCACCGCGCUAUCGUACAGCGUCACCGACGAGGAGGUCGAGCGCGCGAAGCGCCAGCUCGUGUUGCAAUUCCUCGCGAUGAACGAUUCGACGUCAACUGUCGCCGAGGAGGUUGCGCGCCAGCUCAUCGUCUAUGGCAGGCGCAUGCCGAUUGCGGAGUUCCUCAUCAGACUGGAGAAAAUCGACGCGGAGGAGGUCAAGCGGGUGGCGUGGAAGUACCUGCACGACCAGGAGGUGGCAGUGACGGCAAUGGGGCCGCUGCACGGCAUGCCUUCGCUCAUCGACAUCAGGCAGAAGACCUACUGGCUCAGAUACUGA